UCUGGUCGGUGGUCAGUGGUCACUGGUAAAAAGCAAAAGUUCAUCGAUGUCAAAAGUUAAAAAUGCUAAAAUGAAAAACUGAUGAUUUGUUUUGGUUUUUUCAUUGUCUUGUAGUUCGUACCUACACCAAGUUGUCCCAUUGCACGUCGAUAUUGAUGUCACUUUUGGUAGUAAAUUAGUGUCUCAGAUGGCUGAUGUCAAGUCCUUAUUAAAAGAAGCAAGAAAAUUGAUUGACAAUAAGGAUUUCAAAGAGGCACAAGAAUGUUGCAAAAAUAUAUUACGAAAAGACAAACAGAAUUAUCUGGGAUUAAUUCUACUGGGUAAAUCUUUACAAGACUCAGAUCAAGCAGCUUUAGCAUUUCAAAAAGCUAUAGCAAGUAAGCCUGAUCAUCCUUUAGCUUGGCAAGGCCUCGCCAACUACUAUGAGCAAAAAGAGGGAAGUGUGGCAAAAGUUAAGCUUAUUGCUAUUUAUGAUGAAAUUUUAAAACUUCAAAUAGAAGAGGAGAAGGCUCUGGAAAUUAUAACAAAGCUUGGUCAGCUAGGAUGCUCUCUAAAAGACAACCAAGUUAUUACAGCACUCAUAAAUUAUAUGGACAAGAACUUGGAUGAAAAAGUCUACUCUGCUGCUGGGAAACAGUUAAUUGAAUUAUUGAAGACAGAUAUAACAUGUAAGGAUGGAGAUGUAUUUAAAAUUAUUAAUUACUUAUCACACAUGAUAGACAAAGAGGCAAAUGAUGCUUUACAUAUUUUACUUGGAAAAGUAAUCUUACAAAAUGCUAGUUUUAUUGAUGCAAUGAGAGAAGUGAUGAAUCUACAUUUUUUUACUUCUAGUGUCACUUUCCGGGAAUGGCUUUGCAAGUAUUUGUGCACAUAUUAUAUUGAAAACAAUUCUUUCUCUGGUUUUGACAUUGACACACACAUUAAUGAUGUUAUAGUAGGAAUUGAAAACUCGAAAUAUCCAGACUUGUUACAAAGUAUGAUAUUGUAUGACAAAGGAUUAUAUUUAGAAGCCUAUAAACAAUGUGUUCCUCUUAUAAAUUAUCAAGAAGCAGAUGUCACUGAAGCCACCUUCAUUAUUAGAUGCACUUUUAAGUUAAAAAAGUUUUCAGUGGCACAGAAAUUAGCUACUAAUUUCUUGAUAAAAGUUAAAGAUAAGAAUUUUGCUAUAGCAUUGAAGAAAUUUCUGUUUCUUUCACUGGCUGAGCAACAAAAAUGGAAACAAGCUAUUUUAAUUGCAAAUGAAAUUCCUGCUGAUAGUAUGGACGUAAGCGAACAGGCAGCACUUGCAAAAUGUUAUAUUGAAAAUAAUGAGCAUGCUGAUCAUGUUAUGAAAAAUUUACGAGAAACUGAGCACUAUGGACAGCUAGAAGCUCUCUCCCUCAUAAAACAAGGAAAAUAUGAAGAUGCGAUAAAAUUGUUAGAUGAAUCACCAGAUAAACCACUUAAUUUAUUUUACCUAGGACAAGCAUAUUGGAAAUUAGGAGAGUUUGAUAAGUGCCUUAUUUACCUACUCAAGGCUGCCAAGGUAAAUACUGACCAUGCAGACACAUUUUUCUACCUGGGAAUUAUUUAUCAACAUUACAAACAAGACUUGGAAAAAGCUAAAAAAUGUUAUGAAAAAGCUUUUAGCCUUAAUAAUAUAGACAUUGAUAUUAUAAAGAAUUUAAGUAAUGUUUACACAAAACUGGGACUAUCUGAUGCCGACUUUGAUUUACUACGCAAAGCUAGCCAAAAUGUGCAAAUAGACCUACAAUGGAUUAAUUUCCGUUUAGGCCUUCAUUAUAUUAAUAAAAGAGACUGGGAGGAGGCUAUAUUACAGUUUAGAAAUGUCAUUAAGGCUGACCCUAACAAUGUAAUAGCUUUUGAAUGCUUAGCAGAUGCUUAUUAUUCAAGGGGAUCCUUUACAUCAGCACUUAAAGCAUACAAUAAAGUUAUAUCAAUGAAUCCCAGAAAUAUAUUGCAUUGCCUUACUAGAAUAGGUUAUAUUAAUUCCUUAUUAACACAGUAUGAGGAUGCAAUAGCAACUUUUGAAAAAGUAUUUGAAAUGGAGCCCCAUUCGCUCUUGGCUUUAAAAGGCAUUACAGAAACUUGGAUGAGGAUAGCAAAGAAAAAAUUGAAUGCCAAACUGUUUGGCAGUGCUAGAGACACUGCACAAUGUGCCAUUAAUUAUAUAAUCCAAGCAUUAACAAAAGAAAAGAAGUUCUUAUGUUUUUGGAAAUUAUUAGCAGAUGCUUUAAUAUUUGUAACAAAAUUACCAGAUGAAUAUUGUUAUGUUUUUAUGAAAAAUUCAUUUACUGAUGACGACGAUGUAAUGGCAAGAAUAGAAAAGUAUGACAUCUAUGCACAAGCUCUGGCAUGUUAUUCCAGGAUUGCCAAACAAAAGCUUCAGUUCACUUCCUAUGACUUAGCAUCUACUUAUCUUGAUUAUUAUCAUGCAACAAAAGAGAUGGUUAAUUGUCGCAUAUCAUUCAAGUUAACUAUAGCCAAUAUAAAAAUACAACCAAGCUCUUGGAGAAAUUGGAACCUACUUGGAAAGAUAUGUAUUUACAUGAAAAGGUAUGCUCUAGCUCAGCAUUGCUUUAUUAAGGCACUAUUAGUGACACGCAAAUGGUCUGUUGCAAAAAUAUGGUGUAAUUUGGGUACUCUUUAUGUCAAGUUAGGUCUUCAUAAAUUGGCCAAUUAUUGUUUCUGGCGUGGACAGUCAACACUGCCAUCUUAUCCUCAAAGCUGGAUUGGUCAAGGAUUAAUUGCUGAAGUGAUACAGGAAGAAGAAGCAAUGGACCUAUUCAGACAUGCUUGUCGGCUUGGUUACCAUCCUGAGAGUGCUAUGGGAUAUGCUGACUGGGUAUGCCGGACAUUAAAAGAUGACACUUAUAAAAACAGCUCUGAAUUAAAAUAUGUUAUUGAUGGGCUAUAUGCAAUAUCAUAUGCAAUGGAUUUGGUAUUGUGGUUUAUUAGAUUUGAACCAAACAAUGCUUAUGCUAAUAAUAUUCUAGGUAUAUUACAAGAAAGAAGCAAUCUUUUAGAUUCUGCAUUAGUCUCUUAUCAAAAAGCAUUUCAAUAUGCUAAUGAAGACAAAAAAAAUAUUAUUCUUCUCAAUAUUAGCAGAACUCUGCUAAGACUUGGAAAGUAUGAUGAAGCCAUUAGAUCAUACAAAGAAAUAACCGAAGCAAGUUUAAAUUCUGCUUGUGGUUUAGCUCUUGCUCUUUUUAAAAAAGGUCUUUAUGAAGAAUCAUAUUCAGCAUAUGAGACAGCUCUGCAAUGGCUCUGUAAUGAUGAUGCUGAGAAGGCUGACCUUCUUGUAGCUAUGGCGGGUAUAGUGUACAUGUUCAAAGGCAUGGACGAUGCUAAAACAUUACUCUUUCAUAGUAUUCAAGUUUCACUGAAAAAACCAACACCAUACAGCUUGUUUGCAAUAUGCUCAUUAGGUAUUAUACAUUCAGACCAAGGAUUGUCCAAGUUGGCUUUAAGUGAGUUGCAGAAAUAUGAAAAAGAUAGGAACUUUGGAUAUGACAUAGGCUUUUUAAAAUCUUAUCUUGCACUUAAUGAUGAUGUCAACAAAGCUAUUAAAUUGUUGAGUGAUUCUCUGCAUGAUCACCCUAGUAGUACAGAAUUAUGGUCUUGUAUGGCACAGUAUUGUUUAAAAGAUUCAGACACAAAAGCAAAGAUAGCCAGUUCCUGUGCUCAAAGAGCACUAAGCUCAGCACAUGAUAAGAAUGAUACUGACUCAGCAAAAAUGCUUGCUACAGCUAGCAUUGCUGAACACAUAGCGGGACAUAAACUUAAGUCACUGCUGUUAGCCAAGGCAGGGCUUCACAUGUACCCAUGUCAGUCUGAUAUCUGGGCUGCAUUGCUUUUCUCAGUUUUGACCAAUAAGAUGUGGUUUGAGAAGAAAAAAUGGAUUUUAAGGGUUACUGGAUAUAUGAGAAAAAAUUUAGAUACAACAAGAGGUUUGAACAGAUGGAUCAAUCUUUUAGAGAAAAAACUAAGCAGAUAUUUAAAUAAUUAAUACUAUUUUUAACAAUAACAAAUAGGUGUUCAGCGUGAUCAUGAUUUAUUACCUGCUAAAUUUUAUCUAAGGCUUAAAUCCCUUUUCUAUAUAGGUAUGAAUUUAAAUGAAAGUGCAUUUUUAAUAUAUUAUGUAUCACUUAAAGGAAGAUGUAAAAGAAUAAAAUUUUUAUCACAA